AUGUAUACGUUUAAUUUUGGUGUUGAAUCGUGUGAGUCCUGUAAAGCGUUCUUCAGACGAAAUGCACUGAAAAAUAGGGGAUUUGUCUGUAAAUAUGGGGGCAAUUGUGAAGUGGAUGUCACCCGAAGACGCUUUUGCCGGAGCUGUCGAUUACAAAAGUGUUUCGCAGAUUACAUCCUAACCGAUGAGCAGAAAAGUCAGCGAAAAUUUUUCACAAAAGAAAACCGCGAAAAACGUGACGACAAUAAUAACAACGAAUCGCAGAAUAUUCUCGACUUUGAAGGCAUUGAAGUGUUUGACGAUUCGCUUGACUUCGAAGGAAUGGAGAUGUUUGACAAUUCAUAUGAUUUUGAUCAUCAAAUGGUUUCCAUUUCUCGAACGAUCAAUACGUACGACAAGAAUCUAAAUGAUAUGGAAAUCUCGCGUUUGGGUGAACUGUUGAACGCCGCGGAACUCAUCAGAGAUCCCGUCAGCAAAAUCACUGCCGAACCCAAGGAUUUGGACGUAAUUUUGGCCACUUAUGGCUUUAAAAUGGACCUCGAGUUAAGACGACUACCAGUGAUGUGCAAACACUUGAGUGCAUUCAGCACUAUCUGCGAAGAGGACAAGAUGCGGACAAUACAUCUGUGGUUAGUGUCCAAAGAUUUCUUUACUAAAUACGGCGGGGAAUGGGAUUUGGAUUCAAUUAUUUUGGAUUUGUUAACAGCGAUCGCACUGUUUAAUGCCGAUCGGCCUAAUAUUAUACACAAACCAACUUUAUCAACAAAUAUAUCUCGGAUUUAA